AUGUACCGGCUGGGUCUUCGAGGGUUCCAUGCUGGCAGCGUUGCGGCGUUCAAGCAGAAGGCCAAGGAGCAGACGGUGAAGAUGCGCACGCCCAAGAAAGGUUCGGGCGAGUAUCGCAAUUUUCGGCGGGCGGCUGCGUACUCGAAGUUUUCCAAGUCUGCUAGCGAGGUUGCAGUAGGCACGGAGAAUCUGCGUAUUUUCGCAGCGCCUGAUCUCGAGACGCCUAUUAGCGAGCCGUCAAUGGUUGUUUUCCCAGACGCCGUUCAGGCGAGUCUCGUGCAUAUGGCCGAUUUCCAGCCCCAGCAGAACAACGAGCUGUUUCUCCAGAGAGCGUCUCUGUUGCGCGACGAGUCGAGCCAGAUCCAAAAUAUUUUAAAGCAGGCCUCUUCGAGCGAGCAGCGAGCGCUUCUAACUGGCCCUGCCGGCUCGGGCAAGUCCACUUUGCUGGCCCAGGCUCAUGCGAUGGCCAAGCUGCAGAACUGGAUCGUGCUGCAUAUCCCGCGGGCUGAAGAGCUUAUUGACGGCUCUACUGAUGCUGUUGCGUCGAAAUCUGGCGCCGUCUUUGACCAGCCCAUGCUCAGUCGCCGCUGGGCGCAGCGGAUUGCCAAGGCUAACCGUGACGUGCUCACCAGCGACGAUAUCAAGCUGCUUAGAUCUUCCAGUGCCAAGGAGGACCCGGUUGGAUCUCUGACUGCUUUUAUUUCUCAGCUGGAAAACGGCGACCGCCCCGUGCUCAUCAGCGCCGACAGUCUGAACGCCUUUGUCAAGACGCCGUUUGCCGCCAACCGCAGUAAGGAGAACGAGCCUAUUUACCACGCCGAUCUCCAGAUCCCGCGAAUCUUGCUGGACUUCCUCAGCGCAAAACGCAAGUUCAAGCAUGGUGCCGUCCUUGCUGCGACAAGCGGCCGAAUCGUCAGCAACGACACCAUCGCCAUCGGGCUCGGCCACGGCUCAGCGCCUGCAUACGCAACCCCCGAGGAAUUUGAUAGCGAACUCGCCGCUAAACUGCAGGGCAUUCGCGAGAUUGCCGUCAGCUCCUUCUCGCCGGCCGAGACCGACGUUUACUUGCGCUAUGUUGCAGCAGCCGGUCUCACAGAGUACUCGCCAGAACUUGUCGCCGCCAAGUACGCCGUUUCCGGCAACGGCAACCCACGGGCGCUCUUGAGAAGCUGCGUGUCCUUCGCCUUGUAG